CACAACGAUCAUCGCAACCUAAAGACGCGAAUCAGAACUUUCCAUCUUUUCCAACCCCCUAUCUAUUUUGCUUAUAUCACAAUCAUCCAACCAUUCUUCCGAAUUUGUUUGGAGAGUGAGUGAGUUUGGCACAGACAACGACGACAACAACAGACUAAAAGGAUUACUCGGCCAUUACAUUGGGUCUGUGGCAUCGGUGUAAGAGGAUACACAAACAAACAAGAAGAAAAUCUACAGUGUGGAAUUAAGUGCAACAGUCUAAUUUAGUUUCGAACGCUUGACCUUCCAAUAAGCUUGAAAUGAAAGCAUUUAUUUUAAUGUCGUGCUUGGCCUUGGCUGCCGCCAGACCCGAAGCGGGAUAUGCUUACAACAGACCAGGUGGAGGUGGUGGUAGUGGCGGUGGUGGCGGCUUCGGUGGUAGCUCCGGUGGCGGCGGAGGCUUCGGUGGCAGCUCCGGUGGUGGUGGUGGCUUUGGAGGAGGCGGUUUUGGUGGUGGAGGCUUUGGUGGCGGUGGUUCCGGAGGAUUUAGUGGUGGUUCCGGAGGCUUUGCUGGUGGCUCCGGUGGAAGCGGUGGUUUUGGUGGUGGAUUUGGUGGAGGAUCAGGUGGCGGGUUUGGUGGAGGCGGUUCCAUUGGAGGUUUCGGUGGAGGGGGCGGCGGCGGCGGUGGUGGCACUACUUUGGUUCAGAAACACAUUUAUGUGCAUGUUCCCCCACCAGAGCCUGAGGAAUCUCGCCCUCGUCCCAAUAUUCCCAUUGCCCAAGCCCAGAAACACUAUAAGAUCAUUUUCAUCAAGGCUCCAUCUCCACCCUCUUACCAAGCUCCCGUCAUUCCAGUGCAACCACAAAACGAAGAAAAGACUUUGGUCUAUGUGUUGGUCAAGAAGCCCGACGACCAGCAAGAUAUUGUCAUUCCCACACCUGCACCCACUCAGCCCUCCAAGCCCGAGGUCUACUUUAUCAAAUACAAGACCCAAAAGGAGGGUGGUGGUGGUGGAGGUGGAGGCGCUGGCGGCUACGACUCUGGCAGUGGUGGUUCUGGCAUUGGAGGUGGUAUUGGAGGCGGUAUUGGUGGAGGCAUUGGUGGUGGCAGUGGCGGCUACGAUUUGGGUGGUGGCUCUGGCGGCGUCGGUGGUGGUGGUGCUCCCUCCACCAACUACGGUCCUCCUGGCAAAUCAGGUCCCUAUUAAAUUGUUUCAGAGGCUAAGCAUUGCGGCUAUAAAACUACCACUCAUCUGACCACUUGUUCGGAAGGCGCAACAGCGCAUCGACGCUACUGGCUACUAGUCCCUAGACCAACAAAAUUUCACUUUCAGAACAUACCAACAUCAGACAAGACUAGCAAAAUUAUACGAAAGAAACUAAAAUUAACAAGAAAUGCUGUGACUUUUAACCUAAAACUGAAAUUAUUUGCGAUUAUUAUCAUAAAAUUACUUGUCCACAUUUUGCCAAAGAGAUCUGGGACUCCGUGGACUGAUUCUAAUAAGCCUGAGAAGGUGCGAAACGAAUUUUUGAAGCUGACCUUGUGCGCAUGCUCACACAAACACACACACACGACAAUCUGUGGUUAUCCUUCGCAUCAAAAUAAAUACUCAUCUAUUGUAUAUAAGCCAUUUUUCUAUAUCCUGCCUACUUCUCUAUCUGUAACUAUCUCUGUUCUGUCUUAACUGUUAUCCCUCACUCUUUCUCUCUCUCUCUCUCAAUGUCCUCUACUGUCAUUUGUGUUCUAUUCUCAGUUGCUGUGAAUGCAACUCUUGUUGUUAGCCUAAGUACAUCCACUUUGAAGAGUCUCUCUAAGUUUUUUUUUUUUUUAAUGGAAACUAUUUUUUUUUGUUUUUCUUUUAAUUUUAUUAUUUUGUUUUGGUUUAAAUGAAUUUCCUGGAUGGAUGUGUUAUGUUAAAAUUGUUUAUUUAAUAAUUGUAUUAAUUUGUUAAGUACUUUUAUUAUGCAAAAU